CAUCGAACUGAUUGGACGAAUCUAUAUAAUAUAAGGAACAGUUAUCGCACAGAGGUUACGCCAGUCUGCCGUUCAGUGAAAUAGAUCCCAAAGAAUACGUAUACUAUUGAUCAAUAGAAAUGAGAAUAUUUCAAUUUGCUUUUUUUCUUGUUACUGUGGUAAUUGCUCGAUAUCCUAAUGUUGAAGCAGCAAAAAUCUUGGGAGUUUUCCCUACUACUUCCGUAUCACAUUAUAUUGUAGGAUCAACGUUAAUGAAAGAGCUUGCGAAGAAGGGCCACGAGGUAACUGUUAUCAGCCCAUUCCCACAAAAGAAACCAUUGGAAAAUUAUCGCGAUAUAACAACUACCCAAAUAUGGAAAGCAGUAGAGCCAUUCACAUCGAGUUUUCUUAACCACAUCGGAAAGGGACCAAUCGAAACGAUUUUGAGAAUAUACUAUUUCGGGCAGUUAAUUACUAACAGCACCUUGAAUGAUCCUGCGGUGGAAAAAUUCAUCAAUUCCAACGAGAAUUUUGAUUUAGUCAUAUUAGAGGCCUUUAUGACGGACGCCAUGCUUGGUUUUGCCCACCAUUUCAACGCACCAUGCAUCGGCAUGUCAACUUUUGGAGCAUCUAAAUGGACAACUGAUUUGGUAGGAACUCCCGCUCCUCCAUCCUACGUUCCAAACCCAUUCCUAGCAUUCACUGAUCAUAUGAGCUUCAAGGAACGGCUGAUCAACACUGUUAUGGGUGUAACGGAAGCGCUGGUCGUCAGAUUCAUAGAUCAACCGGUCCAAAGCGAGAUCUAUCAAAAAGCAUUCCCAGACCCAAAACCACCACUGAGCGAGUUGAAGAAAACUGCCGUUUCUGCAGUGUUACUAAAUAAUCACUUCUCAACCAGCUAUCCAAGACCAUAUGUAACCGGAAUGAUUGAAGUUGGUGGGAUGCACAUCAACAGGAAUCCAAAAUCUUUACCAGCUGAUAUUCAGAGUUUUAUGGACAACGCUACAGAUGGCGUAAUCUACUUCUCAAUGGGAUCAAAUAUCAAGAGUAAAGAUCUACCGCCAGCCAAACGCGACGCCUUCCUGAAUGUGUUUUCAAAGUUGAAACAAAAGGUGUUAUGGAAGUGGGAGGACGAAAAUCUACCGUCGAAACCAGACAAUGUUCGCAUUCAAAGUUGGUGGCCUCAGGAUGACAUCCUGGCCCAUCCGAACAUGCGUGUCUUUAUAACACACGGAGGUCUCCUGAGUACGACCGAAGCACUUUACCAUGGAGUGCCAGUCAUUGGAAUUCCAGUGUUUGGUGAUCAAUAUCUGAACAUGGCCAAAGCUGAACGCGGUGGAUAUGGACUAUCGGUGCCCUAUUUGGAAAUUUCGGAGGAACAUCUCUUCACAGCCAUCAAUGCGAUGCUUGGCGACAUAAAGUACAAACAAAAUGCACAGGUGAUCUCGCAACGAUAUCGGGACCAGCCACAAGCUCCAUUGGAUUUAGCCGUUUUCUGGGUCGAAUACGUCAUUCGUCACAAUGGGGCGAAGCAUAUUCGAACCGCUUCGAUGGAUCUUAGUUUCGUGCAGUACCACAACUUGGAUGUACUAGCGAUACUGUUGGGCGUGCCUCUUCUGGUCUUUCAUCUGUCUGCUCGGUUUCUGUGUAGAAAAAAAUCAAUCAAACCAAGUCGCAAUGAUGAUCGGAAAAAACGUAACUAAGCUACGCCACAGCAAGGUUCUAGUGUUAAUUUUGAAAUGGUGUAUUGAUCAUGCAACGUACGUAUUGCUCAAAUAAAAUUUUGACUACUAGUAUUUAGGCUCAGGUA